CCCCUUAGACUCAGCGAACUCAACUCGACAAACCGGAACUAACGCCUGGGUCGCGGAAGCUCUUCCGUGUCACUCUCGUUCGGCUCCCUAUUGCGGGGUUGCUGUGGCAACGCAGAGGCCUAGCUAAUCCUGAGCCGCCCGAGUAAACUGUAGGGAGUACAGAUUACUGUGACAGGACUGUAUUUCUGCCAGUUGAAGAAUGACUGAGCCCAAAUUCCGGGAGGUGUUGCCUAAGCAAGGAAUGUUAGCAGUUGAAGAUGUGACUACUAUGGUAUUGUGCAAGCCCAAGCUGCUACCUUUAAAAUCAGUUACACUGGAAAAGCUUGAGAAGAUGCAGCGAGAAGCACAGGAAACAAUUCGGCAGCAGGAGCUCACCCAGCAGAGUUCCAAAUCAACAGAGUAAUAGGGAAAACAGAAGGAAUGUAUGAAUACAGUGUUCACUGUUACUGUAGAUUGUUGUUUGCUGAUUGUACAGCAACCCUGUAAAUAUAUUUUGAAUUAUGUUCAUUAAAAAUGGCACUAACAGAAGA